AUGCUUCUGUUCGGCACUGGCGAUGUCCUAAUAUGGCGACUCUCCGAUGGUCUUUUGGUUCAACGCCUACAACGUCAGGUCCAUACAGAUGCAGUUAGAUCCCUGUCGUUUUCUCCCAAUAGUCAAGCCGUCGUUUCGGGAUCUGAAGACAAGAGUGCAAUCGUCUGGGACAUUCGGAGUGGCGGUGUUCUUCUAUGUUUGGAAGGACACAGUGAACCAGUAGACACUGUCAUGUAUGCCCCCCAUGGCCUAUUCAUUGCUACUGCUUCCUUCGACUCGUUCAUAAAGAUCUGGGACGCUUUGACUGGGGCAUGUCUGCACUCCUUCAUUGUCAGUGGAGGAAUAACCGGGCUUGUAUUUUCCUCGAACUUCUCCCUGUCUCGCCGGGGAGAUCGUAUAGCCACGGCCUCGGGUGGUGAACUCAAAAUCUGGAGUGUAACGACCGGCGAAGAACUUCUCACAAUCAACCACAGGCGCAAUCUCUUUUAUCCCGUGAUCUUGUCCUUAGACGACGCCGAGGUGUUGGUGUCCUGUCCGCAGGACAAGAACGUUGUUGCCUACGACUCGCGGACGGGCCAGCUACGCCGUGUCUUCGCAUUAUCGGACCAAGCACGCUGCGCGGCAUACUCUCCGGGUGGGGAUUUCAUUGUCCUCGGCGAGUGGGGCGGCGAGCUGAAAGUAUUUGACGCGAAGUCUGGGGACACUCGUUGCAAAUUCUGUGGCUGA